AUGGCCAAGUACACCGAGGAGGAACUACUGCAAUUGAAGCCAACAUACGAUGUGGCGGUUAACUUCGAUGUGGACGCAUUCAAGGCUAUGAUUGCCGAAGUUGCGGAGCACCACGAAAUCGCUGACUUGUUCCAUCAAAAAGCGCGCCGUAGGUCAUCACAUCACCACGGCGUCAAGCCCAAGAUCAAGGCCCACAAGCCACGCAUCACUACGGACGAUGAUGGUUGGUGCACGUCUACCAGAAAGACGUCCGUUGUAGCGGUCGGAGACGAUGGCGAACCGUCGCCUGCAUUCGUGGCGCAGGAGACGCUGCGCGUGAAGCCGAAUAAUAAGAAUAUUGCGUCGUCCAGACCUGCGGAUACGCGCGACAUCGUGGCUGAUAAGCCUACGAUGUCUUUUAACGCGUUUGCAGCUCUGGAGAGCGACGACGAGGACCAAUUCUAG